AUGAAGAUGAAGGAGUCAGAAAAUGUAUCUCACUACAUUACGUGCGUACAGACCGUGGCAAAUAAACUAAAUCGAAAUGGAGAAAUGUUACCCGAGACGCAGGUUGUGGAGAAGAUCUUGAGGUCGUUAACCGACAACUUCAAGAAUGUUGUAUGUGCGAUAGAAGAGUCAAAGGAUCUAGCGAAGUUCACAGUGGAUGAACUCGCCGGUUCUCUCGAGACACACGAGCAACUGUUUUAUGUAGGAGAUUUGGAGGAUAGAAAAAUUAUGGGUAGUUUUACGUCACAGGAGCUGUUUCAUGAUCCCGACGACUCGCGGGUGAUGUGUGUGAACGUCAAAGGCGUCGAAUUAGGCAUAAAGCACGCGGCGCCUGUGAUGAUACCCAGAGCUACCGACUGCAUAAUCUCGACUACUAGUGUGGCAGGCGUUUCAGAAGGAAUGGGUCCACACACCUACACAACAUCCAAACAUAAUAUUGUUGGCCUCACUAAGAAGCCCACGAACUUGGCCGCCAUGGUAUACGUGUCAACUGCAUUUUGCCAUUCGGAGUUGCCACGACGAUGCUCGUGA